GAUCGCAUUGAGAACAUCUGCAAGAAUAUCAAUCGGAAAAUUUGAUUUCUACAACUAAAUAAAUCAGGACUAAAUAUUUGUUAAAAACAAUGAAAUUAUCAAUAACACAGACGUUGCUGUUGAGUUUAUUAUUUAUUUUAAGUUUUACUAUACAAAAUGUAGAAAGUGCUAAAAUUUUAGCAGUUUUUCCAUUUCCCGGUCCCUCACAAUAUAUUUUAGUGCAACCGUAUUUAAAAGCUUUAGCUGCCAAAGGUCAUGAGGUGACCGUGAUCAAUGCGUUUCCUCAAAAGCAACCGAUUGCUAACUAUCGAGAUGUGCUGGUAAUGGAAGUGCAUGAGAAUUAUGCGGAGUUGAUUGAACAAGGCAAGAUUAAGCGCAACAAAUGGGAUGCGAUGACAUUUUUGGCUGGAUUUUUUCUAAAUCUUACAGAAACUGUCAUAAAAAAUCCCGGAGUACAGAAACUACUAAACACUGAAAAAUUCGAUCUUAUUAUAUUAGAAGUUCUUCACACAGAUGCUUGGUAUGCAUUUGGCAGACAUUUUAAAGCACCUAUGAUUGGGAUCUCCUCUUUCGGCAUAGAUCCUGUUAUUGAUGAGUUAAUGGGCAACAUGUCGCCACUUUCAUAUUCACCUUUAAUAACAGCUGGCUUAACGGAACGCAUGACAUAUCUGGAACGUUUAAAAAAUGUAAUUUUAUCAUUCAUGGAAUUGAUACAUGUAAGAGUUCGUCUCAUACCUGCACAAAAGAAACUUAUUAAAACCUAUCUGCCUCACAUUAAAGAUGAUAUAUGGGAUUUGAGCACAAAUUUCUCCAUAAUGUUGCUGAAUAAUCAUUUUAGCUUGAGCUUUCCACGACCAUAUGUACCCAGUAUGGUGGAAGUGGGAGGUUUUCAAAUACAUUACAAACCCAAGCCUUUGCCCCAAGACAUUAUGAAAUUCCUGAAUUCCUCCUCGGAAGAUGUCAUAUACUUGUCCAUGGGAUCUAAUGUGAAAUCAAAGGAUUUUCCUCCAGAGAAACUGAAAAUGCUAACUGAGGUUUUCGGCUCAUUGCCUUACAAAAUUUUGUGGAAAUUUGAAAACCCUACUUUACCGGGGAAACCAAAGAACGUCUUUAUUAAUUCCUGGUUUCCUCAACCCGAUGUGCUGGCUCAUCCUCGUGUUAAACUUUUCAUUUCACAUGGCGGCCUGCUGAGCACCUCUGAGUCGGUAUACCAUGGUAAACCCAUGUUGGGUCUACCCGUGUUCUACGAUCAACAAAUGAAUAUCAAAAAAGGCAUACAAUCAGGUUUUGCUUUGGGUCUCAAUUUUCAUACACUUCCCCGUGAAGAGUUUAAGUCUAGCAUUUUGGAAAUGAUGAAUAAUCAAAAAUAUAUUAAUAAUGCUAAAACUAUAUCGAACAUUUAUCACGAUCAACCUAUGAAACCAUUGGAUUUGGCCAUCUAUUGGACGGAAUAUGUUUUGAGGCAUAAAGGUGCAGUACAUUUGAAAAAUCCUGCUCAAUCCAUGAAUUUUAUACAAAAACACAGCAUAGAUACGGUGGGAGUUUUAGUUGCUGCAUUUAUAUUGUGUAUUACAAUAGUGAUUAUUGCUGUAUGGAAAGUAUUUAAAUUUGUGUUAGGGAAGAAGUCGAUAAAGAAAGUGAAAGUUAAUUGAAUGAACUUAAUAAAACUUAACAAUAUGGAAAAGUGCGUUUUUAUACGCACUUUGAAAAACCAAUUAAUAAGUUAAAAGUUUACGGGUUAUUCUUUGGUUUAUGACCACUGUGAUAUUUUGAUUUUAUUUUCCAGCUGGGUUUUUUUCAGCCUAUUGGGGUUCAUAUCAGAAUGUCUGCUUCUUUUGACAGUAAUAAUACAAACUGUGUUGAUUCAUUAGAUUUUAAUAAAGUAUUUUUUUUAUGGAUAACUUA